UGUAAUCAUAUUUAUCUAUUUCCAGCAAUAGAAGUGUCUUUUUCUUCCUCUGUUCUGCUCUGUUUUUGGUUGUUUUGCUUUUAUCUCUUCUGCUACUUCAAUUGGUAUCAGAGCCUUACACAAUGAAUGGCUCAAAUCAGAUUUCAGUUCGUAUCUUGGAUGGGAAGAAUUACAAUAGGUGGAAUGUCCAAAUGAGGGUGCUUUUUGAUUACCACGAGUUGCUAGGUGUGGUGGAGACUGGAGUUGCUGAACUUGCAAAAAAUGCAAAUGAUGCCCAAAAGCACGCCCAUCGUGAGAACAAGAAAAAGGAUAAGAAGGCAUUAUAUUUCAUCCAUCAAGGGGUGAAUGAUGAAGUGUUUGAGAAGAUUCAAGAUGCAACUACGUCAAAGCAAGCAUGGGAUAUCCUGAUGACGGCGUACAAAGGUGCGGAGAAAGUUAAGAAAAUUUAUGGAGAGGAGUACACAGAGCAGACUAAGGUGGAGAAAAUCUUGCGGACACUCACACCAAAAUUUGAGCACAUUGUGGCAGCAAUAGAAGAAGCCCAUGAUUUGUCCCAAAUGACUGUUGAAGAGUUGUCAGGCUCAUUAGAAGCACAUGAGCAGAGAAUGAAUGAGAAACGGACAGAGAAGCCGAUUGAGCAAGCCUUCCAAAGCCAAGUUUCCAUCAAAGGUAAUCAAGGUGGUGAAACAAGUCAAAAGCAUGGUGGUUCUCGUGGUAGAGGACGAGGACGUGGUUUUUACUUCAACAAAGGUCGAGGUAAUCAUAACAACAAUUAUGGAGUAGGUGGUGAUGACCAAGAAAAAUCAAACUUUGGCCAUCGACAGAAUACAAGAGGUCGCAGUCGUGGUCGAGGACGUGGUAGAGGAAGGUAUGACAAAUCUCAUGUUGAGUGUUAUUCUUGUCAUAAACGUGGUCAUUAUUCAAGUGAGUGCAGAUAUAAGGAGAAUGAUCAAAAGGCUCAUUAUGUACAAGAGGAAGAUGACAAUGAAGAUCAUGCUCUUUUGAUGGUUACAUCAACAAAUGAGGCAUCGAAUUAUCACACAUGGUUUCUUGACACCGGAUGUACUAAUCAUAUGUGUGGUAAGAAGGAGUUCUUUGUUGAUCUUGAUGAGUCGUAUCGAUCCAAGGUCAAAUUUGCAUAUGAAAGCACUAUACCAGUGAUGGGAAAAGGGAGAAUCCUCAUCAAGUUGAAGAAUGGAGAUCAUAAUUAUAUUUCAGACGUGUUCUAUAUGCCAGAUAUGAAGAGCAAUCUGCUUAGCUUGGGUCAAUUUCUGGAAAGGGGUUAUAAUAUGCUCCUACGUGAUAAUCAACUCUCCAUUUCUUAUGCAAAAGGUACACUUAUUCUUAAGGCUCCUCUAUCAAAGAAUCGUAUGUUUCGAGUUGACAUUGCUAGUGAGGUUUACACUUGCCUUAGUGCUGUUUUAAAAGAUGAUUCUUGGUUAUGGCAUCUUCAUUUUGGUCAUCUAAACUUUCGUAGUUUGAAGUUGCUUGCUCAAGAAAAUAUGGUGAAGGGCUUGCCUAGCAUAAAUCAUCCAGAGCAAUUGUGUGAGGCUUGUACUCUUGGAAAACACAGCAGGUAUUUUCUUACCUUCAUUGAUGAUUUUACUAGAAAAAUUUGGGUCUAUCUUCUGCAAAAUAAGUCUGAAGUAUUGAGUUGUUUUAAGAAGUUUAAGGCUCAUGUUGAAAGACAAAGUGGUCAUUGUAUCCAAAUCUUACGAACUGAUGGUGGGGGUGAAUAUACCUCCAAUGAAUUUCAUGAGUAUUGUGGAGAACAGGGUAUACAACAUCAAGUUACAUGUCCCUACACUCCACAGCACAAUGGAGUUGCAGAGAGGAAGAACAGAACCAUAAUGGACAUGGUGAGGAGCAUCUUGAAGGCCAAGGGAUUGCCAAAUUCUUUUUGGGGUGAAGCUGUUUCCUGUUCUGUUUAUUUGUUAAACAGGUCUCCAACAAGGAGUCUUCAAAAUGUUACUCCCGUAGAAGCAUGGAGUGGUUUCAAGCCAAGUGUGAAGCAUCUUAAGGUGUUUGGCUCUAUUGCAUUUGCUUAUGUGCCAGCACAAACAAGGACAAAGCUAGAUGAUCGUGGAGAGAAGACCAUCUUUGUUGGCUAUACUCGUGGAGGAUUCAAGCUGUUCAAUCCUGUGACUAAUAAGGUGAUUGUAAGUAGGGAUGUGACUUUCGCAGAAGAUGAAGCUUGGAGGUGGGAUCUGGAUACAAACAAUGACUCCCAAAGGCGAUCUGUCACUAUUCUUGAAGAAGAUUCUCAAGUUACAACAACCAAUACUAAUGAAGAAGCUGUUGCACCAAGUUAUACUACACCAGAAAAUCCCAUGACACAGACUCUUCCUGAAGCUGGAAGAUCAAGGAGACAAAGACAACCACCAGUUACUUUACAGGAUUAUGAGGUAACAUCCGAUGAUGCUAAUGAUGAUGAUGGAAAUCUGGAGAUGAAGGCAAUUGAGAAGAACAACACAUGGGAGCUUACUGACUUACCACAGGAUCAAAAAGCAAUUGAUGUCAAAUGGGUUUUCAAGACAAAGAUGAAGUCCAAUGGAGAGAUUGAAACACAUAAAGCAAGAUUGGUGGCAAGAGGAUUUGAACAGCGUCCUGGCCAUGAUUAUCAGGAGGUGUUCUCUCCAGUAGCUCGAAUGGAGACCAUUAGAUUCAUUAUAGCUUGGGCUGCACAAAAUCAAUGGAAGAUUAAUCAAAUGGAUGUGAAGUCAGCAUUCUUGAAUGGUCCUCUUGAAGAAGAAGUCUUUGUCAGGCAACCACCAGGAAUCGUGAAAGAAGGAAGUGAAGAUAAAGUGUACAGAUUGAAGAAAGCAUUUUACGGUUUGAAGCAAGCACCACGAGCAUGGAACAAGUACAUUGAUUCAUUCUUUGUCAAGGCUGGAUUCAAGAAAUGUCCUUCUGAACAUGCUUUAUAUGUGAAGUUUAAUGAAUCUAGUGACAUUUUGAUACUAUGUCUUUAUGUUGAUGAUCUGAUAUUUACAAGCAACAGUACCAGAAUGAUUGAAGACUUCAAGAGGUUUAUGAUGCACGAAUUCGAGAUGACGGAUCUUGGUUUAAUGUCUUACUUUCUGGGUAUAGAAGUGAUGCAAAGAGAAGCUGGGAUCUUUAUCUGUCAAAAGAGGUAUGCUUCUGAACUGUUAAGGAGGUUUCAUAUGCAUAAUUGCAAUCCAGCAAGAACUCCUGUGGAGGUUGGAACUAAGUUGUUCAAGGAGGGUGAUGACGUACGUGUUAAUCCCACUUUCUUCAAGCAACUUGUUGGGAGUUUGAGGUAUCUCACAUGCACACGACUUGACAUCUCCUAUGGUGUUGGAUUGAUUAGCAAGUUUAUGGAGUCCCCUCGUCAAUCUCAUUUGCAAGUUUCCAAGAGAAUUAUGAGGUACCUAAAGGGCACUUUUGAUCAUGUUCUAUUUUACUCUUCAUCUAGCAAUUGUGCUCUUGUAGGUUACUCUGACAGUGAUUGGGGUGGAGACUUAGAUGAUCCAGAGUAUGUGGUGGUAGCCUCAAGUGCAUGUCAAGCAAUAUGGUUGCAAAGCUUGAAGAAUCAAGUUCGUGUCCCAAUUGAAGAACCUAUGAAGAUUUUUGUUGAUAAUAUUUCAACUAUUAACUUGGCAAAGAACCCAGUCCAGCACGGAAGGAGCAAGCAUAUCAACAUAAGAUUUCAUUAUUUGCAAGACUUGAUCGACAAAAGGGUGAUUGAGUUAAAGUACUGCAAGUCCGAAAAUCAAGUUGCUGAUAUCCUCACUAAACCUUUGAAGUAUGAAGCUUUUGUCAAGUUGAAGAGUAUGAUGGGAAUAUCGGCUCUACCGAAUCAGGAUUAAGGUAGGGAUGUUGGAGUUAAUCACGAUUUUAAAACUAAUUGUUUUUGAAUGAGUCCUAGUUAGUGGAGUUUAUGUGUCCUACUAUUGUGGUUACUGAUAACCACGUUUCCUUAUCAUUAAGUUUCAGUUUGUAAUGACUAGAAAAUAGGAGUUUAUGCUUUAUUACCCUAUUAUAAAUAGGCAGUUGUUAU